AUGGCCAAUCGAUACUCGACCUUUUCCAACACGUCCUCUCAAGUCGGUGGUGCUCGUACAGCUGCUCAACAGCCUGCACAGGUCUCGACCACCACUCUCCUUAAUGCACUACAUGCCGUCUAUGCCUCCGGUCAGACCUAUCAACUCGAUGCCAGUACAAGCAUCGCUGUCAACACUUGGGUGUCAGCCAGUAACCCCGAUGCUCAAGGCCGAAUUGGAGGCACAGUGGAUGCGCAAAUUGCGUCCAAAGCAUGGGAACACGCACGUCGGAGAGCAGAAGAUGCAUGUAUAAUUCUUGGGGCUCUUCACCCGUCAACUCCACCACUAUUCAAUGCCUUUCUGCAGGUGGUUCCUCUCCCUACUCCUCAGAUUGCCUACACUGCCUUGACUGCUCUACGACCAUUUCUUUCAUGUGUCACACCUACAAACCCCACCACUCUUCGACAUUCAGCCCUCUCGGCCAGAUACACGGUGACGUUGGCAGGAACUGUAACUGGAUUUAAUCUCGCUCUUUCGGGCUCCGGCAUCGAUGUGGAUCGUGGUCUUCUCAGAGUUCCUUCAGAGCGUGGAAACCGAGCCUUCGACGUCUUCUACUACCUCCUGACUUCUGCUUCCACGCCUAAGGAGCGAGAAUACCUUGGCUUGCAACAUCCGUCCAAGUACACCCUACUCAACAAAUCAGGAACCUACGAUCCCCCCUCAUAUCUCCCAACGGCCGACGAUGCUGCCUCUGCCGAAGAUUUUCGGAACGCCCUCAAAGCCAUUGGCAUUAAAGGCGCCGAUUUCCGAGGGCUCCUGGCCUCGCUUGCUGGGCUGCUGAAACUAGGCGAAACCACUGGCUUCUUGGUCGACUCGGACGUUCUUGAAGAAAUUUGUGAAGAUGUUGGUGGACUUAUUGGCAUUGAGCCCGAGGUGCUCAGCAACAAGUGCAGCACUGAUGAUCGUGAAGUCAUGAUCGCAGGCAUGUACGAGGCAUUGGUAGACUGGGUAUUGUCCAAGGCAAACCAGGCUAUUGCUGCCGAGCUUCGCUCGGGGGCACUCACUCCAGAUUCCGGCAGCGAGAAUGCUGAUGAGGUAAGCUUGAGUAUCGUCGAAAUUCCUAGCGAAGCCCUUGCAAAGGCUGUUGCCCUCCGCAAUGUCUUUGACGACUCAAUGGGCAUCAAUGUGGAGAUGAAGGAUGACGGUGUCGAAGUACAGACUGCUGGACACUCCGUGUUGAGAGAGAUGCAGUCUGCUGUGUCCGAAGCUGAAGCAGAUCUGGGUAUAAAGGGUGGGCCUCUCAGUCGCGAAAGAGAUCAUGACCGUGACAGGAGAGAAGGCAUCCUGGAAAAAAUCGGCUCGGGAGCUGAAGAAGGCGGUUUUCUUCACACUCUCUUGUACCCUGUGGACGGGGAAGGCCUGAACUUUGGUCGCAAAGGUCGUUUCGACCUGGCAACAACUUUGGCUAGCAGCAGAGUGUGGUAUCAACUUUCCCUACAUCCGACGGACGAGAACUUGCGCUCGCUUGCCAACCUCUCUUCUGCUACUUCAGCAUGGUCCGCCGGCACGGUCUCGCGCCAGCUCCGUGCCUGGAGACUCCCUGAAUGGGCCAACCAUCGAAACCGGCAGCUUGAUUUCACAGCCGACUUUGACGUGGAGGAAUUCGUGACCAGAUACUCCAGACUAGGCUGCAGAGAUGGCAAAGAUGGCGUCGAGACUUUUUUGCUGGAGCGUGGCUGGACUAAUGGCGAAGUCAUCAUCGGAAGAGAACGCAUAUGGAUGCGUGAGAGUGCUUGGUGGGAGGCUGAGUCCAUGCUGGACAUGAAGCCAGUCGAUGGAGGUUUUCAUGAUGAUCCAGCCUUUGCCCAACCGACCAAUCCAUUUCUGUCAAGCUACUCCGGGAAUGCACCACACAAUGGCAGUGGCUUCUUCCCACCUAUGGGUGACAACAUGAGCAUGCAGGAUAGCAGAGACAAUCUUUUGGGUAUGCAUACUGGUGACCGCGCAAAAUCCCUUGCACCGACCCAAGCACGAACAGUACAAACACUGGGUGGUGAUUACGGUCUUGGUGCUAAAGGAGAUGAUCGCAAAGAUCAAUAUUGGGACACCGACCUUGGACGCUAUGCUGGCGAGCUGGAUCCCGAAUUCGGCGAUCCACGAAACAUCGAGUCCAAAAAGACCACUUUUGGUCGACAGGCUUGGGUAUCACUAGUAUGGGCCCUCACAUUUUGGAUACCUUCGAUAUUCUUGAGAUUCAUUGGUCGAAUGAAGCGUCCUGAUGUCCGCAUGGCAUGGCGCGAAAAGGUCGUACUUGUGUUCAUCAUCUUCCUCAUCAACGCCAUCAUUGUCUUCUGGAUUAUCUGGUUCGGCAAAAUUCUCUGUCCGAACAUGGACAAGGCUUUUAAUGCAAAGGAAGUGGGCUAUCAUACAGGCACCAACGACUUCUAUGUCAGCAUUCGAGGGAAGGUCUAUGACAUCACGAAAUUCUACAAAAUCCAACAUUCUGAUACCAACGCCAAAACCACCUCCGAGAAUAUGUUGCCUUUCGCUGGGCAAAACCUCGACGCAUAUUUUCCACCUCCACUCAGUCGAGCGUGCCCUGGUCUCAACAUCGACGAGAGCGUCUACCUCCAACAUAACAACACGGACGCUAUACAGUAUCCCAAUGCUGUUCAUACUUCUGGUCCUCGUCUUCAGCCAGUCCAAAACUCAGCGUUGUAUAGCUGGGAUUGGUAUUCGCAAAGGUUCUUGCCCAAGAUCGACGAGUACUACAAAGGUGAACUAGUAGUCACUCGAGGCAAUGUUCAGAAACAGGCCAACGACGACCAGAGGCAAUGGGUGAUAAUUAACAAAAGAAUAUACGAUCUUACCGACUAUUAUUAUACGUUGGAUCUCCAGAACGGCUUCAACACUUACAAGUUCUUUCCAGACAGUGUAUCUGAUCUUAUUCAACAAAAUACCGGCCAAGAUAUUACCGAUAAGUGGGGUACCAAUGCUGCUUUCGCCAACAGUCUUAAUUGCAUGAACCAAGCAUUCUACGUCGGCAAUACUGAUUUUCGAGACUCGCCAAAAUGUACAGUGAACAAGUGGUUCCUCCUCGCCUUCACGAUCUUGAUUGGGACCGUCAUUGUAGUGAAAUUCUUAGCUGCGUUGCAGCUUGGCUCCAAACGACGACCUUCGCCACAAGACAAAUUUGUCAUUUGUCAAGUUCCGGCCUAUACGGAAGGUGAAGACCAUCUCAGAAAAUCCUUGGAUUCAUUAACAGCUCUUCAAUAUGACAACAAAAGGAAGCUGAUAUGCGUCAUCUGUGACGGCAUGAUUGUGGGUGGUGGUAAUGACAGACCAACCCCCAAAAUUGUCCUAGAUAUUCUUGGGGUUGAUCCCAAGAUUGACCCACCUGCACUUCCUUUCAGAUCCGUUGGGAAUGGAAAUGAACAACUGAAUUAUGGCAAGGUUUAUUCCGGUUUGUAUGAGUACGAGGGCAACGUUGUGCCUUACAUCGUUGUCGUCAAGGUCGGAAAGGAAUCCGAGCAGUCCAAAUCAAAGCCAGGUAAUCGAGGAAAACGAGACUCUCAAAUUCUUCUAAUGCAAUUCUUGAAUCGGGUACACCACCGGUCUCCCAUGGCUCCCCUGGAACUGGAGAUGUUUCAUCAAAUCAACAACAUCAUUGGUGUAGAUCCAGAGCUUUAUGAAUAUCUUUUCAUGGUUGACGCCGAUACCAUGGUGAAAGAAGACUCGCUUAAUCGCCUUGUCGCUGCUUGUGCCAAUGACGCAAAGAUCGUUGGUAUCUGUGGUGAAACCAGCUUAGAAAACGAGGAAAGGAGUUGGUGGACCAUGAUUCAAGUCUACGAGUACUACAUCUCACAUCAUCUCGCCAAAGCGUUCGAAUCAUUGUUUGGUAGCGUUACCUGUUUGCCCGGAUGUUUUUGCAUGUACCGGCUUCGAACGGCUGAUAAAGGGCGGCCGCUGAUCAUCUCGGACAAAAUAAUCACAGAGUAUGCCGAUUGCGAGGUCGACACAUUGCACAAAAAGAAUCUCCUGUCUCUCGGUGAAGAUCGAUACCUCACGACUCUGAUGACAAAACACUUCCCAUCCAUGUCGUUUAAGUUUAUUCCUGACGCAUACGCUUUGACUGCGGCACCAGAAACAUGGUCUGUGCUCCUAUCACAGAGACGUCGAUGGAUCAACUCGACUAUCCAUAACCUUGCCGAACUCAUGUUCUUGAAAGAUUUAUGUGGAUUCUGCUGCUUCUCUAUGAGAUUUGUGGUCUUCGUUGACCUCUUCGGUACCCUCAUCCUUCCAGCAACCUGUUUCUACCUGGGAUACCUCAUCUACUUGGUGGCUACAGGUACUGCCAGCCAGUUUCCUCUGUUCUCUAUCAUCAUUCUAGCCGCUGUGUAUGGUCUUCAAGCAAUCAUCUUCAUUAUCAAAAGGCAGUGGCAGCACAUUGGCUGGAUGAUAAUUUACAUCCUUGCGUAUCCCAUCUACAGCUUUGUCCUUCCCGUUUACUCCUUUUGGAAUCAGGACAACUUUUCCUGGGGAAAUACCAGAAUUGUCAUUGGCGAGAAAGGAGACAAGAAAGUUGUUGCUAUUCAGGACGAAGGGUUUGAUCCAAGAUCGAUCCCACUUCAAAGAUGGGAUGACUAUGCGGCAAACAAUAAGCUUCCUGGAAGACGAGGUAACACUGGCAGUUACCAGGAGAAGGGAUUUGAAACGGCCUAUACCGACGAUCCGGCAAUGAUGGAAAUGGACGAUAUGCACUCAAAUUACUCUUCAGUGAAGCCAGCAAGCACCAUUCUUGCAGGAUUCCCUCAGCAGCAACACCCAUACAUGGCACCCCCUCGAUCACCGGCACCCUUUGGCAUGACCAACCGAGCAAGUACAAUGACAGGUCUAACUCAAUUUCAAGAUCAACCACACAGCGUACAUGGUCGGCAGAUGAGCAUGAUGAGUUUGGGCAGUCAAGCUCGUCUGAAGUCUCCAUCUCCAAACCCUUACCAUGACCGUAGUCCAUAUCAGAGUGGGAUGCAGCAUUCAGUCAGCCGACCUAGCCUUCUGGGGAUGGGAACCUCACGACCAGUCUCUACGGUGAUGGAUUUCCGAACCGUCCCGUCUGCUGGGCCAAGUGACUUUGAUAUCGUCGACGCCAUCCGUGCGGUUCUCGCAGAAGUGGAUCUCGACAAGGUGACCAAGAAGCAGGUCAGAGCACUUGUGGAGCAAAGACUUCAGUGUGAAGUUCCUACCGGCGAUCGCAGAAUUUUCCUAGACAAGGCUAUUGAUGGUGAACUGGCCAAUAUGUAG